ACUGAAGACCACAACAACAACAACAACAACAACAACAACAACCCAAUACAACUACUGCCUGAUACCAGAACGGAUCUUAUAUGUGUUCUUGCCAGUAUACAUCUGUUCAUUGCAUUUUUCUAUUACAGUUCAGUGCACUUAAACAACCGUACACAUUUCUAAGACUCAAAAUGCUGUGUGGGCAACACAACAGCUAACGGUAUUGUAUAAGUCUGCAGCUGCUGUGAAACAUUUUGUCAAGUUUUAGAGCAUUAAAUCUGUUCUUGGAGCAUGUACUUACAGCCCACUCAUAAAUUAGUGCAGUCCGCAAGAUGCGUUACAGAUGUCUGAGGAGCCCAGUCACUGAGCAUCGAGCCCUGUCUCGUGCGUCACGUCAAAAUGUUCCACGGUGGGUCGUGUGAAUAAACGUGAGAGUAUUAUCCGGAAGAGACUCUCAGGGCAAAAGAACAUUCUCAGAGGGCUUUUGCAGUAGGGGCAUCGUCAUUGAAAAGUGUGCCGUACCCAGAUGUUCCUACAAACACGUACCAGUUCUGAGAGGUUGACACCCGUGAACAUCAAUCAUCUGCCCACAUGUCGUCUCCUCGUGUUCCCGUGAAGGAAGAGCCACUGGACACUUUGACAGCGGUCGACACGGAUCCUGUACGUAUCAAAAUUGAACCGGAACACGAUCAGUGUGCAGCUACACAUCCGGACUCAGAAGCGACAAAAAUUAAGGUAUUUCAUUUGGAAGGUGUGAAGAGGGAAUGGAUUGAAGACAAUGUGAAGAAAUGUGGCUGGGAUGGAGCUCAGGUGUGUGAAAAAACAGCUCCAGAGACAGAUGGGGUUAAGUUACACGUGUUUGAGAAAGCAGCUGCAGGGAAAGAUGUGGUUCACGCCAAAAGAGGGCCGUGCAAGCUGUGCAUAUCAGAGGAUCCUGUAUGUAUCAAAAUUGAACCGGAACACGAUCAAUGUGCAGCUACACUUCCGGUCCCAGAAGCGACAAAAAUUAAGCCAUUUGAUUUGGAAGCUUUGAAGCAGGAAUGGAGCGAAGAUGAUGUGGAGGAAGAUUUCUGGGACGUGGCUCAGGUACCUGAGAAAGCAGCUGUAGAGAGGGAUGGGGUUAUGUUACAGGUGUGUGAGAAAGCAGCUGUAGAGAAAGACGGGGUUCGUGCCGAAACACCCAAAACAGCACAGUCAUCUGAGCAGUGCGUACAGGAGGGACUGGAGAGUGCAAACACAACAGUGGACACUGUAAGGUUAAUCGUGCAAGACCAGGAUAGGCCUCCUCCUAUCGACAAAUGUACCUCGGUACGGACCAGAAUUGACGGGACUGCGGGCACACGAGGGAUCGGUGGCGGCCAGCAGGUACGCGAGAGGAACAAAAGGAACACGCGCGUACUGUUGGUAAAGGUAGUGUUCGCACAGAAGCGGGGUCGAGUCGAUACCCCCGAGGAGACCCGUCCCGCACCGAGUGCCGCGGUAAGUGACCGGAGGCGCGGGGAGGCGUCCGACACCUGUCGCGGGCGCCAUCCGGUCGACAGUGGUCGCGAGGUACCGUCCCGGUCGGAGAGAGACGCGGUUCCGCCUGCCGGACGCGAGACGUACACGUGCACCGACGAGGAGGUCCCGAGUACGCCCCCUACGCCCACGCGGCGGCACCGGUGGACCUGCGAGACAUGCCACGCGCCCUGUCGCAGCUUCCACGAACUCAGGGUGCACUGCUGGAAACACCAGGGGAAGCAGAUCUACGGCUGCGACCACUGCACCAGGAAGUUCGCACGCCGCAACAGCCUGAAGCGCCACUCGCUCCAGCACAUGCUGCUGUGGCCCUACGAGUGCGGCGUGUGCUACAGGCGGUUCGUCAACAACACCCACCUGGCACACCACUCGCUCGCCCACGAGGGCAGCCGUCCCUACCAGUGCGACUCCUGCGGCAGGACGUUCUCGCGGAGCAGAGACUGCAAAAUGCACUACCGCGCGUGCGUCGGCGAGCGGAUCUACUGUUGCGACGUCUGCGGCAAGAAGUUUGCCAGCGAGAGCGGCCUCCGGCACCACGGGCGUCUCCACUCGCUACGGCAGUGUUGAGACCGCCUCUCUAGUAUCUCCGCACCGUCGGGAAGGCGACCGUCGGGGGAGUCUGGCGUUCUGCCGACGGUGCAAAAAUGCGCACUCGUAAACUUGCCGUGCGCGUUCGCACUGUAACGUUCCCUUUCGUAUAGCCGUUGUUGUAACAAUAAUUCUGUAGUAGAGUCAAAUUGUACCGAACUAAUGAAUUACUUCGACAAAAAUAAUCAAUUUUUGAAAAUAUCGUGCGAUCGGUUAUAUAAAAUAAUCUCGCCGAGCGGCAGCAGGCGAACACGCCAUAUAAAAAGUAUUACAGUUUGCGAGCUUUAAGCGCGAGUGACUCCUUCUGCAGAGGGGUUGAAGGGGAACCGAGAGGGGUGAAGGAAAGGGACCUGUGAGGUUUAGGAAAAGGGGCAGUGUUUGGAAAAGUUGCUCGGACCGACGGACUCUGAACAGAUGGGAUGAGAAGGAAAGACUGAUUGUUGGGGACUGCCAGUACUAGAAAAGAUGUAGGAGCAGCCUGUCAGUUAAUAUAGGUGGUACAGACAAAUAAACGAGUGGACUAGCACGUAAUGUAGAAAACAGACAACACAGACAGACGAGAGGGUUACAUAAAGGAGGAACGGUGGCCACACGGGCUAAUACGUCGAUGGAAAUAAUCAAUUUUUGAAAAUACAGUGUAAUUGGAUAGAUGAAAUACUCAUCGAGGAGUGGCGGGAAACUAAAACUAAACUGAAGUCCGCCCGAACGGGCCACGAAGGCCCGACAGUACCGACGGGUUGCCGUGUCGUCCUCGGCCUGCAGGUGUAUUUGGAUGCAGGUACGGAAGGGCACGUGGUCGGCACACCACUCUCCCCAGCCGUACGUCAAUUUACGAGAUCGGUGUCGCUAUUUCUCAGUCGAGUAGCUCCUCAGUUUGCCUCACGAGGGCCGAGUGUAACUCCGCUCGCCGUCAGCCUUCCGCAGACCGCACGGUCGCCCGUCCGAGAGGUAGCCCGGCCCGGCGAUCUGUCUGGAAGCGGUAUUACUACUGCAGCGAGGCCGUUGGCGGUGGAAGGAAACGCACGUUUAAAAAGUAUUACAGUUUGCGAGCUUUUGGAGCCAGUAGCUCCUUCUUCUGGCAGAAGGGUUUAUGGGGGGUAGGACGUCAAACGGGCCGACUUGGAGCAGGAGAGGCCCCACAGGACAUUUUAAUGUCCACUAUCUGUACUUUUACAAGUAAAUUCCUAAAACUUUGCCAGCAUGACCAGGAAGGAUUCAGGAUUCACAUUCGUAGCAGCAGAAGUUCAAAAACAUAAAAAAAUAAUUUUUUUUACAUGUGAAAUUUCAUCAGUUUUUUCACUUACUAAUGGCUGCAUUUGUUGCAAUAGGUACACUUUUCUUCUUUGUAUGCUGUGCUGUUCGAUGAUUUUUGCACGGCAUACAAACCCUACUUACAGGUGUCCGAAACCCUAGAAUCUAUUUAAUUUAUGAAAAAAUGAAUGAGCUGUUACGUUUUAAACUUUAUGUUUAGAAAAAAACACAAAUUUGGUAGUUAAUUACCUCAAUUUUUACCUCAGUUUUUAAUAGAUUUGGAAAAUUCUAGAGUUUCAUUCACCUGUAAGUAUGGUUUGUAUGCUGUGCAAAAUUCAUCAAAGCAUCUCUGUUACUUGUGAAGAAAAAUGUACCUAUAGCAACAAAUGCAGCCAAUAGUAAGCGAAAAAAUGAUGAAAUGCCACAUGUAAAAAAUGUAUUUUGUUAUGUUUUUGAACUUCCACUGCUAUGAGUGUGAAUCCCGAAUCCUUCCUAGUCGUGCUGACAAAGUUUUAUGAAUUUAUUUGUAAAAGUAUAGACAGUAGAAAAUAAAAUGUCCUGUGGUGCCUCUCCUGCUCCAAGUCGGCCCGUUUGACGUCCUACCCCCCUUAAGGUGAAGAAAGAGUCUUUCCUUCUCAUCCUGUUUGCCAAGUCUCCCCUGAAACGGGGUUCUGGCCAACUUUUCUGACUUCUGCCGCUUUUCCUAAACCCUCACCAGUCCUUUUCCUUCACUCCUCUUCCUCCUCGACCAGAACAAGGAGCGACUGGCUCUGAAAGCUUGCAAACUGAAAUGCUUUUAAAUGUGUGUACUUCUUGUCACCACUCGGUGAGUAGAUUUUUUAAUCUAUCCAAUUACAAAUUAAUGAAUCGUAAUUCGUGUGAAAUACAAAUCUUAUUUGCAAGUUUAAAUUUUUUUAGAACUAGAGAUGUCACACUGUGAUCAAAACCACUUAGCUUUGUAUGUUCAGGUGUGUAAUAAUGUUGAUGAUCUCAUCUGCUCACUGUUAAAAAGAAAAGUCCUAAGUUCUUUCUGUUUGGAGCAUCUAAGUUUGCACCCGCAAGACUCAAAUGGCAUUUUAAAAUUCACUUCUACACAGACUGACUGAUACACUGUGUCUGUCCCGUAAUGAAACGAACUGAACUGCUGGUCUGCAGUGUACUUUAUUGGCCGUCAGUCUGCAGCUCGUACUGUAGCGGUAGAGGUGCCACUUCUAAACCGUGGGGUCCAGGGUUCGAUUCCCUGCUGGGUCAGAGAUUUUUCUUUGCUCGGAAACUGGGUGUUUCUGGCGUCUCAAUCAUUUCUUCUCGUAUUCGGCACAGAGAUGCAAAAUUUUCCGUCACGGCGUAAAAUAGAACAACUUGCACCGGGCAGUCGAACGACCCCAGACGAGAUCUCGAGACUGGCAGUGUUGUGCUGUCAUUUUAUUUCAGUUCAUCUGGUCGGUGGACACAGCGUACCGGUUUGACAGGCAGACGUGCAUUAUUACAGGGUGUAUACGCCCCAGGACAACUGGUAAAUCUGGGAAAAACCCAGUGAUUUUGUCAUCCAGGAAAUACCUGGGAAUUUUUCAUUGUUUUAGUUCCCAGUCAAAUUUUCGUAAUGUUGACUGGUAGGUCAUGUUACAUAAAUGAGAGAAUAACUCCAAAGGAAAACUUCAAAUGCAAAGAAAAUGCACCAUUCACAACAGCAAAACACAGUGCGUGCACAAGUGUCUGCCGACAGCAAAAUGUGUCAAAGACUGUGCAGUACUUGGUAACAACAGACUGCUUACGAUGAGCGUGACGUCACGACUGCUUACAUUCUGAACAGGUCACUUUAAGAUGUUGCAAAUCGUUUUUUGAGGAGUGUUACUUUGAAAGCAAAUUUCUGUUUACACAAGAUGAAUUACGUUACACGUGAGAAUGUGGGAUGAAUUUCUUAAAUCGUGGAGUGUUUGAUUCUCAUUCAAAACGUAACACUUCGAAGACCGGCCACUUAGAAAUUUCGAGCCCGGAAGACCAGCUAUUUGUGCCGUUAUUUAAAAGAUUGCUGGCGCAUUUGUGUUUGAUAUAUCUUAAAGGGUGACACGUGCUAAGAAAGACCAAGUUUCAAGAUUAGUUUUCCAUUUUUAUUUUAGUUCUUCCAUAGGUUACAAAUUAUGCAAUACUGGUAGCAAAAAGUAUAAUUAUCCUACAAAAAAACAGCGCAAAGUGAGUUCUCGGGCAGUUUCACCCGUAAUUGGCUUUUCUGUGGAAAAGUCGCUACCGUGGUCUCGCGGUAGUGUUCUCGCUUCCCGAGCACGGAGUCCUGGGUUCGAUUCCUGGCGGGGUCAGGGAUUUUCACCUGCCUCGAGAUGACUGGGUGUUGUUGUGUCGUCAUCAUCAUCAUCAUCAUCAAUCAUCCCCGUUACAGUCGGAAGAAGGCAAUGGCAAACCACCUCCACUAGGACCUCGUCUAGUACGGCAGUGCGGGUCUCCUGCAUCGUUCCCCUACGCUCCGUCACGGAGUAUGGGAGUUCAUCAUCAUCAUCAUCAUGGAAAAGUCAAAGUGCCCCAAAGAACUUAUAUUCAGCCAGGUAACACACACAAUUUUUGGUGCACAGUAGUGAAAUUUAUAAUUGUGCUUGUCAGAAAAAUUCAGCUGCUGCAGUUCAAGCUGGACUCCAAGGAUCCUGCCUAACUACACACUCGGAAAAAAACAGCAAAAAAUUAAGUAUUGUCACACAUUAAAGAUUUUUCCAAAAUGGGAUAUUUUUGCUGCUUUUUAUUUCUCAAAGUGUGUAAAACCUUCACCAUUCAAAGGAUUGACAAGUUUUACAGUUCCAAUGGAAAGUACAUUGUCACUUACUUCAGAAAAAGGUACUUUCACCGGGGGUAUAGUGUACUAAAGCCCAAAAAAAGUGUAUCUAUAUCUGGGAUAUGCGGGAAAAAUCCGUGAUUUUUUUUUUCCUGUCCGUGUAUAAACCCUGUAUUAACAAUAACAUUUUAAUGAUUCACAGUUACAAGUAGUAGUUAUAAAGUCAUCUAAAUGCUGCAUGACAAAAUAUAAUUGCAAUUUAUGACAAAAUAUAAUUGUAAUUUAUGUACUAGAGUUUAAUAAAUUUCCAUGCCUUCAAAUUGUAAGUGUAAACAAUUAAUUUUACAAAAGUUAAUUUUAAACAUAAAUUAUAAUUUCACUUCUCUCCAAGUAUAAUGAUUUCUUAUGAUGGUUCACAUUAUUUUAUAUAAAUUACUUUGUUUCACUUUGUACUGAAGAUAAUGCGAUAGCUGUUUACAUAAUAAGCAAUUAUACAUGUCCUUUUACAAAAUUUGGUUGGUUAUAGAUUCAACUAAAGAAUUUCUGUGUGCGGCUAUAAAUAUCAAUAAUAAUAAUUAGUGAAAAAUUGAAAAUGUAGAAAUACAACUAUACGUGUACUGGAAGUAAAUGAGAUCGUGAUGCGUACUCAACUGAUGUAUCGUACACUACAAUACCUGUCUCAAUCUGUUACGUUACAACACGAGUGAGCACUCGGACGAAGUUCAGAUUACGGAGUGCAGUGUUACAGAAUAAUCGGUGGUCGGUUUGUUCCCAUAUUAGGAUUCAUUUGAUUUUACAGGUUUUUUCUAGAAGUUUCGAGAAUAAAGUUUUCCAGUGAACCAGAAUGGUUGAAGUGACAUUUCCAGAGCGAACUGUGAAGAGUGGUCUCGGAUAACACAAAACGAGACGGUUGCCAUCUGUGCGGGUGACACCACCACCGUAGUGCGCAGUCGGAAGCCGUCUGACACGAACUCACGACUACAGGUAGAAUUCGGAACUGCCGAGCCUCGGUCGGAACGGUGGUGUAUCGAGGUAAAAGUCAACAAUUGUGAAGUGGUUCUCUUAACCUGUAGACUGAAGCAACUACAGAAACACCGACACUGCAGACAUAUGACAUUACACACAUACCAAAUAGAUUUCUGUGAGAAAGUCAGUUACCUAGGUGUCCGGCUGCACCAGAAAUAUAUUGCCGACAGAGCACGUGCGAUGCUCCGACAACUUUACCUGAUACUUAACAGGCAAAGCACUCCGAAUAAGAGGGUGCCGGAGUCCGUGUACGUUACACUAAUUAGACCGCUGAUGACGUCUGCAGCUCCAGUCUGGAAAGACACGGCUCCAACACGCCUGCAGUUCGUACAGAACGUGACUAUUGGAACUUAGAGACACUCGAACGACGCAUCCGUCCGAAAGCGGGGAAACCUCAGUCGCUGCUGUAGGUGGAAAUGCAAGCGCCCAAAGGAGCUACUUACUAGGGACGCUUAGCCACCUACGGCAAGCUAAAGAAACACAAACAGUGCAAAUACUGGCGAACCCCCGAACUCGGCAAAGUUGACUGGAACUACUGGAUGAAAGAACACAGCCGGACAACCGGCAACAGCAGGAAAGCAAAUUUGCACUCUAAAAAUAAAGAAAACGCACACAGCCUCCACACUGUUUACGACCUAUCGGCCACUCGAAUGACGACUGUGGCACGUUCGUUACAGCCACGCAGAUGCUGCAGCUGGCCCAGGAGACGUAGUCGGUGCCCGGUGCGAGCAGUAUCUCUCAUCGAUUUGGACCGAUACUCUUUAUGACGAACCUAAGAUGUGACAUCGGUACCGAGCUCGCACCACUCCCAAUAAUUAACCGUAACCUUACCGUCGCACAACCUCUCGCAUCGAACUAGAAAACGCAUUA